AUGCACAACGACAGCUUGAUCGACGACGACGACGAUGAUGGAGAAUUGUACGAAUUAUCGCUUUACGAAUUGAUCUUUUGGUGUAUUCUUUACGUGGUGAUCGCCCUGUUAGCCGUCGUUGGCAAUUCGCUCGUCAUAUAUAUCACGUUGAUUCGACUCAGGUCGCGUGCUGUCACCACGCAUUUCAUCAUCAAUCUUGCCUUAGCCGAUCUGCUCACUGGAAUAUUCGCAAUUCCUUUCAAAUUUCAGGCUGCACUUUUUCAGGAAUGGUUCCUUCCAUGGUCGUUAUGCCAAAUUGUACCAUACGCUGAGACGGUCUCACUGUCGGUGUCGGUCUUUACUCUGACUGCUUCGGCCGUUCACGAAUUUCGUACUGUUUUCUUUGCUAAGAAUAGAAGAGUGAAUGGCCGAAAUGUUAAGUCAUUUGUGGUGGUGAUAUGGGUGAUUGCAGCCGUGGUGUCAUUGCCUCACGGUCUCUUCCACAAAGUAUAUGAGAUUCCAGACGUCUACAAUAUCUACUUGACAAUUAUCCACUACUUUGUGCCGAUGAUCAUCUUGGAUACCGCAUACACAAUGAUCGCUAUCAAAAAAGCCUUGAUAAAGAAAAUGAUGAACAGCAGAAAAAAUCCUUCAUAUUCGAAUAAAACGUCGAAGAGUUUAUUAACUCACACUGAUCUACUGAAAGUCGUUCAGUUGAUGAACAUGUUGAUGAUCGUCGUGGCUUGCUUCUCAUUAUGUUGGUUUCCACUCGAGACCUACCUUCUCCUGAACGAGGUCCGACCGGAGAUCAAUGGAUGGAAAUACAUAAAUGUGUUAUUCUUUUGCUCUCACUGGCUUGCCAUGUCGAAUUCUUGCCUCAAUCCAAUUAUCUAUGGGCUGUACAAUAAAAUCAUCAGUGCCUGUGAUCUGCCAGGUGCCAGAGGAGAAUACGCCAGAAGAUGGACAACAGACGUCAAUUCCUAG